GUAAGAAUGUAAACAAAAUAGUUGGCGACUGAGAAGUGACAGCAGAUGAUCUUCCCGCAGCACUCUGACUUUAAUACUUACUCGUAGUCCGUUUUAUAACGAUAUAAUAUAAUUAGACAGACCAAGUGAAGCACUGAUAAUUGAUUCUACGAUGUCCGCGUGUCGACAGCAGGCAACUUAAAAUUAAUAUCUCGCUAGCUUGCUGUUAGCUAGUGUUAGCUAAACGGCUAAUCCCAGUGCGCUAACAGUAAUUAGCUUGCAGCACCAAUGCCUCAGGAGGGAGAGCAGCCUCUUCCUCUGGUUCGAUCCCUCAACAGUCGAAUACCCAUUAAAGCUGUGUUUCGUAACCUCAGUCCCCGCGUCGUGCGACCACUAUGGAUAGAUUACCGUGGGGAACCCCGAGCAUACGUGGACCUACAGCCAGGAACGGGACGACAUAUCGACACUUUCGUCGGUCAUCCAUGGAUGUUCAGAGAUGCAGAGACUGAUGAGCCUCUGAAGGUGAACAGCAAAGAACUGUUUCUUCCUAAACCAGUAGAGGGUGGAAAUGCCACAUUUGCUGAUAUCACUCUACCAGUUUACAGCCUCAAGGAUCGCGCUCUCCAAGUGAUUCGGCGUCUGGUUCGAGCAGAAGACUACAGGAGACUGGAAAUAGCACGGUGUCUCCACGAGGAACUGGAAGAUCAGCCCAGCGUAACGAAAGAUCUCCGACGCAUGAACCAGCGAGUGGAGCAGCAUCUGCUUGAGAGGAUCCAAAGCCAGGAGGAAUGAGGCGUGUAACUGGAUGGACGAUGGUCGCGUAUGGGCGGCAAUAUGGUAUUGCACACUAUUAGAAAGCAAAGAAGCCAGAAUUCAUGCAAUAUGAGAUUAAACAUUGGAGUCACUUCUGUGAUGAAUCAACAGCUGUUGUAAAGACUUUGCUGCAGAAGAGUUUGAUCUUCUGCCUUUAUAUUCACUCUCUGGCUUUGGCAAAGGUCUUCCUCAGCAGAAAAAUAUGUGGUGGCAGCAUCUUCAUUCAAAUAGCAUUGUUUGUCCUCUAAAAUGGUAUUUAAAGAUUUUAAGAUUUUAAUAUUUAAUCCUAAAAGGCCACUAGAGAAAUGGGGACAUUUUAGCCUGUGAUGGCUAUCUGAUUAUGCUACUUUAUGCUUUAUUUUGCCAUAUACCCAAGUUCUGUCAUAAAAAAGCACACUUUGAUUAUUUUUUCAAGACAGAAUUUACAGUUUAAGAACAUUUUGUCAAGCAUACAGUGUUAAAGCUGAUCUUAUGUCCUAAAUUUCACAAUUUAUAAAGGACACUAAAUAAAAUGCGUAUAGUUACAUUAGAAAGAAAGAGAGACACUGUAUACGUUGUUAAUAUUGUUAUCGGGGAGUUCCUGAGAUAAGGCGAUCUUAACUAUCCAGUUUACUGCACAUCUCUGUUAUACUAUGUUAAACUCGACAGUUUAACCAAGACUAAUCUUCAUAAACAGAUAUCUGCAUAUGUGCGCAGAGUUUGUAGGCAGUAGGACAAGAUCUUGGUGUCAGAAGUGUUGUGGUUUCUGUUUGUAGUGCAGGUAGUAUUGACCAAUCACAUUUGAGCGGCUUUGGUUGCAUGCAGGUAAACUGUUUGUGUGGAGAACAAAAGAGGCAGAACACAUUGGCUGCAAAUUUGGAAUCCAUCGACAGUCGUCUGAUGACGAUAGUGAUCAUAUGCAAAUGUCUGUUUAUAGACAUUAGCCAAAAUGUUGUCUGGACCCGUCUAAAGUUCCUAACCCAACUAUAAACAAUGAUCAGAUGCUGUUGGGAGAAGAUUUCCUCAAAGGCUUUCUGUCAGAAGGGGAUUUCUUGUGUAAUGUUCAGAGAAAAAUCAUGGUUGGGGUUAAAUUAAUAGAUUGCUGCCAGAAACUUUAGGCGGACUGCCUCCAUGUGCUGACCAGCGCACAGCAGAGGAAGUCUUAGCCUGGAUAUCUACUGACUACACCGGGAUCCCCAAAAUAUUGGCUCUUGCUCCAUUGGUCAAUUUUUUUCUCCAAGGAAGGCGAAGUCAUGACCUGACUUAGUCUCCCUCUGGCUAGUACUUAUUGCUUUUGUUGGUUAGGUUUAAACAUGAGGGGUGACAUUGGUUUGGGUGAGGGUAAGAUUAUCAGGAUAAGCCAGUCAGAGGCAAAGUAAGAGGGGCGGGUAACGCCUUUGCCAUCCUGAGAUAACAACCGAUUGUUCUGAGAUUGAACCAAGACUGAAGUGUUCAGCAAUCAUCAGAAAGCUUUGCUUUGAAACUUCAAAUCUGGACAAAGACAGAGUGAUUAUGGGUAUAUUUUCCAAGUUGGCCUAUUCUGGUAAAUAAAUGGGCAGAGUCUCUUCUAAAAUGUCUUGCAGCUGAUCUCUUACAGAGAAAACAAAAUGAUUAACAUUGUCUUAACAUUUUUUAAGACCAGGCUGUGAAACACUGUGACUGAAGAGUUAAUACUUUUGUUUUGCCUACUUUGUAAUUCUGUCAUUAUGUGUUGAAUUCAUACAUUGCUACUGUAUCAACUGUCAUUGUUUAUUUGUGUGAUACAUAAAUAAAAUAUAUAUUUAAUACUGA